AGAGAGAGAGAGAGAGAGAGAGGGAGAAAGAAGGAGGGAGAGGAGAAAGCAGGGGGGUAUAUAAGAAUGGUAGGUGGGAGUGGGGUCUGACCGCAAAGUGUCUACUGUUUAAGAGAAAGGGACCUCUCCCCCCCUCUCUCUCUUUCAGUGGCUCCCUCUCUCAGGCUGCAGCGCCAGCAGGCUCGUUGCCUCCGUGGAUCACUACUGCUGAGAGGGGAAAAAAAAAAGAGAGAGAGAGUGAGAGCAAGAGAGAGAGAGAGAGAAUUGACACAACUUGCAUCUCUCUAGGGAAAACAAGACAGCUCAAAGAAAAAGAAAAAGUCACAAAAAGAAGCUUUGCAGAGAUUUGAAGUUUGGAGUGGCACAUAGUAGAAUAAAGAAGAGUGCAUCAUUUCAUACACGAAGUUCUAAAGUUCCAUUCAAAAGAGAAAAGUACCUUCUUCUACACUACUACUGACUGAAUCAAGCACCAGAGUGAGUGUGUCAUCAUGGGGAUGCGAGGCCUGCUUCUGGCCUAUGUCACUACGGCCAUUCUUUUGGAUCUCUCCAUGGCUGGCCUGCUGAGGAAAAUGAUCAGGCACAGAAGAGAGUCACUAACGCCACCCAAAUCUGAGAACAUGACCCUACCUAAUCCAGACCAACCAGUGGUCUUCAACCAUGUAUACAACAUCAAUGUCCCAACCGGAUCCUUGUGUUCUGUGGACCUGGAUUCACCUGGAGGAUCAGAAAUGAAGCCCAAGUCUGUCCAGUCUGAACAGCACAUCGAGCACACUGUGGAUGGAGAAAACCAGAUAGUCUUCACACACAGAAUUAAUAUACCCAAGCAGGCUUGUGGGUGUGAUAACCAGAUGCCAGACCUUAAAGAUCUGCUAAACAGGCUAGAGAUGUUGGAGGCUGAAGUGUCUAGUCUGAGGGAGCAGUGUACCAGUGGGGCUGGAUGCUGUGGAGCUCAAGUUACAGGUGAAGUCUCUACCAAGCCAUAUUGCAGUGGUCGUGGCAACUACAGCAUUGAAACCUGUAGCUGUCUUUGUGAGCCCGGCUGGAAAGGGCCCAACUGCUCUGAGACAGAUUGCCCUAAUUUCUGCCAAGAUCAAGGCCGCUGUGUGGAUGGGAAGUGCAUCUGUUUUGAGGGUUUUGGUGGCGAGGACUGUGGAAUUGAGCUGUGCCCUGUGGAUUGUGGUGAAUUUGGCCAGUGCAUUGAUGGAGCUUGCAUAUGUGCAGAAGGUUACAUGGGUGAGGACUGCUCCAUGACCAAUUGCUUAAACAAUUGCCUGGGUAGAGGACGCUGUGUGGAUGGCGAAUGCUUGUGCAAUGAGCCAUGGACCGGCUUUGACUGUUCAGAGCUUAUUUGUCCUAAUGACUGCUAUGACCGUGGUCGUUGCAUCAAUGGGACCUGCUACUGUGAUGAGGGCUUUGCUGGGGAGGACUGUGGUGAGCUCACCUGCCCAGAUAACUGUAACAAUAAAGGCAUCUGUGUUAAUGGUCAGUGUGUCUGCAAUUUCGGCUAUAGUGGAGAAGACUGCUCCAAGCUUACAUGUCCAAAUGACUGCAACAAGAGAGGCCACUGCUUCAAUGGGAGAUGUAUAUGUGAUCCUGGCUUCCAAGGUGAGGAUUGUAGCAUCCUCACCUGCCCUGAUAAUUGCAAUGGCAGGGGUAUAUGUGCAAAUGGGGAAUGUAUAUGUGGUCCUGGAUACCAAGGUGACGAUUGUUCUGAGCUCUCCUGUCCCAAUGAUUGUCAUAACCACGGACGCUGUAUUGAUGGAAAGUGCAUUUGUAAGCAAGGCUUUGCAGGAGAGGACUGUAGCAUCAAAACAUGCCCCAAUGACUGUCAUGACCAUGGUGAAUGUGUGGAUGGCAAAUGCGUCUGUCAAAUUGGCUUCACAGGUGAAGACUGCAGUGAGUUGACAUGCCUUAACAACUGUCACGACCGAGGACACUGUGUGAAUGGUCAGUGUGUGUGCAAAGAAGGAUUUACUGGGGAGGACUGCAGUGAGUUGACAUGUCUUAACAAUUGUCACAAUCGUGGACACUGUGUGAAAGGUCAGUGUGUGUGCAAAGAAGGAUUCACUGGCGAGGACUGCAGUGAGUUGACAUGUCUUAACAACUGUCACAAUCGUGGACACUGUGUGAAAGGUCAGUGUGUGUGCAAAGAAGGAUUCACUGGAGAGGACUGCAGUGAGUUGACAUGUCUUAACAACUGUCACGAUCGUGGACACUGUGUGAAAGGUCACUGUGUGUGCAAAGAAGGAUUUGCUGGGGAGGACUGCAGUGAGUUGACAUGUCUUAACAACUGUCACGAUCAUGGACACUGUGUGAAUGGUCAGUGUGUGUGCAAAGAAGGAUUUACUGGGGAAGACUGCAGUGAGUUGACGUGCCUUAACAACUGUCACAAUCGUGGACACUGUGUGAAAGGCCAGUGUGUGUGCAAAGAAGGAUUUACUGGGGAAGACUGCAGUGAGUUGACGUGUCUUAACGACUGUCACAAUCGUGGACACUGUGUGAAUGGUCAGUGUGUGUGCAAAGAAGGAUUUACUGGGGAAGACUGCAGUGAGUUGACGUGUCUUAACAACUGUCACAAUCGUGGACACUGUGUGAAUGGCCAGUGUGUGUGCAAAGAAGGAUUUACUGGGGAAGACUGCAAUGAGUUGACAUGUCUUAAUGACUGUCACAACCAAGGACACUGUGUGAAUGGUCAGUGCGUGUGCAGUGAAGGAUUUACUGGGGAGGACUGCAGUGAAAAAACAUGUCCCAACAACUGCCUGGAUCGUGGGUAUUGUGACAAUGGACAGUGUGUCUGCUAUGUGGGUUACACUGGUAUCGACUGCUCAGAGAUGACCUGCCCAGGAAACUGCAAUGACAAAGGCCACUGCUUGAAUGGCAUGUGCGUCUGUAUUUUGGGAUUCACUGGGGAAGACUGCUCUGAAAUCACCCCACCAAGGGACCUGGUUGUCACUGAAGUCACCCCAGAGACUGUGGAUUUGACCUGGGUCAAUGAAGUAGAGGUGACAGAGUACCUAAUCACCUACAUGCCUACUGCUCCUGGUGGUUUAGAGUUAGAUAUGCGAGUACCUGGUGAAAAAAGGUCUGCUACUAUUAAGGAGUUGGAGCCUGGUGUGGAAUAUUUAAUCAGUGUCUAUGCUGUCCUAAAUAACAAGAUGAGCAUUCCUGUGAGUGCCAGAGUGGCAACACAUCUUCCGGAACCUGAAGGUCUUAAGUUUAAAGCCGUGAGAGAGACAUCGGUGGAAGUUCAGUGGGAUCCUCUUAAUGUCAAGUUUGAUGGUUGGAACCUCAUCUUCAGAAAUACAAAAGAGGAGAAUGGGGAGAUUUUGAAUUCGUUGUCUCCACCUGAGACUACUUUUGAACAAUCUGGCCUGGGCCCAGGCCAGGAGUAUGAAGUUAAACUUGAGGUGUUAAAGAACAAGACUCGUGGACCUCCAGCAAGCAAGAAUGUUGUUACAAAGAUCGAUGCUCCUAGCCAGGUGGAUGUCCGGGAUGUAACAGACACUACUGCUCUGAUCACCUGGUUCCAGCCCAUAGCUCAGGUGGACGGCAUCUCUGUGUCCUAUGGCCCUAUCACUGGCUCCACAGACAGCCACUCACUGGAACUGUCAUCAGUCGACACCCAGUACCACCUGUCUGAACUCUACCCAGACACAGAGUACAGUGUGUCUCUCAUGGCCCGUCGAGGCGAAAUGACCAGUGUGCCUGUCUAUGAGACCUUCACCACAGAUCUAGAUGCACCUACGGACCUGAAGGCCAUAGAUCAGACCGACGAGAGCAUCACGUUGGAGUGGAAAAACAGCCAGGCCAAUGUUCCCAGCUACCGCAUCAAAUACGGACCACUGUCAGGAGGGGAACACGGGGAGCUGACCUUUCCAACAGGCACACAGGAUACCACUCAAGCCAAGAUUUCAGGUCUCAGGCCUGGGACUGAGUACGGCAUGGGAGUGACCGCGAUCAAAGACGAGAAGGAAAGUGCUCCUAGCACCACUAAUGCUGUGACAGAUCUUGAUGCUCCUAAAGAUCUGGAGGUGAGCGAGGCCACAGAAAACACAUUGACGCUGAUCUGGAGGAGACCUGUAGCUAAGAUUGAUGUCUACAAGCUGGUGUUCGUGGCUGCUGAUGGCCACAGGUCUGAGUUUGAAGUUCCAGACAGUGUCAGCACCUACAUACUAAAGAACCUGAACCCUGGCAUGCUGUACACCAUCACCCUGACUGCUGAACGAGGGAGGAAGAAGAGCGCUCCAGCCAGCAUUCAGGCAUCUACAGACAAAGAAAAGCCCCUGGUGGGCAACAUCACCAUCUCGGCGCUCUCCUGGGACGGCUUUAAUAUAUCCUGGGAGCUGAAGAGGGGCCAGUUCGAUGGCUUUCUGAUCGAGGUGGCUGACCCAGAUGGUCUCUCCCAGGCCCAGAACCACACUGUAUCAGGACAGGAGUACAGUUUGACUAUCACUGAUCUCUCGCCUAGCACUUUCUACAGAGUCGCUCUAUAUGGCCUGUACAUGGGAGAUCUCUUAGAGCCAGUGUUUGGGGAGGCUUUUACAGAGGCAGAACCUGAGGUGGAGCAUCUUUUCACCUCCAACAACAAGCCAGAUGGUUUUAUGCUGCAGUGGACGGCUCCUGAAGGAAUCUUUGAAAUGUUUAUUAUCAAAAUCUCUGACCGAACGGGCAAGCAAAGGCAGAUGAGUGUAUCAGGAGAGAAAAGAACAGAAGUGAUCUCUGGCCUCGAUGAGGCUACAGAGUAUGAAAUUGAGCUCUUUGGGACAAUUGCAGGACGGAACUUCAAGCCUAUUUCUGGGAAAGCUCUAACAGGUCUGGGCAAACCAAAGGGUAUUCGCUUCUCUGAUGUCACCGAUACCUCCUCCACCGUUCACUGGACUGUCCCCAAGUACAGUGUUGACAACUACCAAGUCACCUACGUGCCCAUUCAUGGAGACACUCCCAUAACUGUCACAGUGGAUGGAGGUGAAUCUCACACUAUUCUGCCCAACCUGACACCUGGGGUGACCUACCGUGUGAGCGUCAUAUCAGUGAAGGGUCUGGAGGAGAGUGAGCCAGCCUCUGAUACAUUUACAACAGGUCUGGGACAACCAAAAGGUAUUCGCUUCUCUGAUAUUAUGGAUACCUCUGCCACUGUCCACUGGACUGUCCCCCAUUAUCACAUCGACAGCUACCGAGUCGCCUACACACCCAUUCUUGAAGACAGUCCAACAACUGUCACAGUGGGCGGAGGUGAAUCUCACACUGUUCUGCCCGACCUGACACCCGGGGUGACCUACCGCGUGAGCGUCACAUCACUGAAGGGUCUGGAGGAGAGUGAGCCAGCCUCUGAUACAUUUACAACAGUUCUGAGCAAACUAAAGGGUGUUCGUGUCUCUGAUGUUACUGAAACCUCUGCCACGGUUCACUGGACUGUCCCUUAUUACCACAUUGACAGCUACAGAGUCACAUACACACCCAUUCAUGAAGAAACUCCCAUAACUGUCACAGUGGAUGGAGGUGAAUCUCACACUGUUCUACCCAACCUGACACCUGGGGUGACCUACAACGUGAACGUCAUAUCAGUGAAUGGUCUGGAAGAGAGUGAGCCAGCCUCUGAUAUCUUUACAACAGUUCUGGGCAAACUAAAGGGUAUUCGCUUCUCCGAUGUCACUGAUACCUCUGCCACCGUUCACUGGGCUAUCCCUCGUUAUCAUGUUGACAGUUACAUAGUCACCUAUGUGCCCAUUCAUGGAGGAAGACCUUUGACAAUCACAGUGGAUGGAAGUGAAUCCCAGACUGUGUUGCCCAACCUGACCCCUGGGGUGACCUACCGCGUGGGCGUCAUAUCAGUGAAGGGUCUGGAGGAGAGUGAGCCAGCCUUUGACACAGUAACAACUGCUUUGGACAAGCCUCACGGUUUGGUGGCAGUCAAUAUCACCGACACCACGGCGCUGCUGCACUGGCAGCCUACCAUUGCCACGGUGGAUGGAUAUGUAAUCACCUACAGCACAGAAACAAUGCCCCCGAUAACAGAGCAAGUUUCUGGAAACACUGUGGAGUUUGAGAUGAGCUUGCUCUACCCUGGCACUGAGUACACCGUCAAAGUCUACGCAGUGAGGGAAGCAGCCAAGAGUGCUGCCACGACCACACAGUUUACCACCGAUGUUGAUUCUCCUGAGGACCUUGAAGCCAGUAAUAUCCUGACAGAGAGCGCCACACUGACCUGGAAGGCACCACAAGCACAAAUCACUGGCUACAUCCUCACCUACGAGUCGGCUGAUGGUACAGUUCGGGAGGUCGUCCUCAGCCCCACAUCCACGUCAUACAACAUGAAUCAGCUCAGCGCCUCCACUGAGUACACAGCACGCCUGCAGGCCAUCUCCGGCCCCCUGAGGAGCCACAUCAUCUCCACAGUUUUUACCACCAUCGGAGUUCUCUAUAGAUACCCGAAGGACUGUUCCCAGGCUCUUCUGAAUGGAGACACCACCUCAGGACUUUACACCAUUUACCUGCGUGGUGACGAGAGCCAGCCCUUACAGGUCUACUGCGACAUGACUACAGACGGAGGCGGCUGGAUCGUGUUUGUCAGGAGGCAGAGUGGUAAAGUGGAUUUCUUCCGUAACUGGAGGAACUACACUGCAGGGUUUGGGGACAUGAAUGACGAAUUCUGGCUUGGUCUCUCAAACCUGCAUAAGAUCACCUCCUUUGGUCAAUACGAGUUGCGAGUGGAUCUGAGAGAUAAGGGAGAGCAUGCAUACGCUCAGUACGACAAAUUCUCUGUGUCAGAGCCACGCAGUCGCUAUAAGGUGCACGUUGGUGGCUACAGCGGCACGGCAGGCGAUUCGAUGACUUACCACAAUGGCCGUCCUUUCUCCACUUACGACCACGAUAAUGACAUCGCUGUCACUAACUGUGCCCUCUCAUACAAGGGAGCUUUCUGGUAUAAGAACUGCCACCGUGUUAACAUCAUGGGAAGAUACGGAGACAACAGUCACAGCAAAGGUGUCAACUGGUUCCACUGGAAGGGUCAUGAGCACUCCAUUGAGUUUGCUGAAAUGAAGCUCAGACCGUCCAACUUCAGAAACUUUGAGGGAAGAAGAAAGCGAUCGUAAAAGAUUCAUUAAAAAGAAAACAAAUCAAAUGCCCUCCUUUUUGCCAUUCUGCCCUUACUGCAUCAGUUCAACAUUUUCAGCUACCAAAGCAGAAGCUUAGCCGUAUCUUCCUCAUCCAUCUCUCUCUCUCUCUCUCUCUCUCUCUCUCUGUUUCCUCACUUAAUAACCCAGUUAUUAUUGACAUCUAUGAGUCCUUGUUCCAGACUAGAGUUCGGCAUUGAUCGUUUACGGCACCAGUAGCUUAAGUGCCAGUCUACAGCUUCACUCACACUCACAAGUCUAUAUGUGAAAAGUUCUCUCUCUCUCUCUCUCUCUCACACACACACACACACACACACACACACACACACACACACACACACACCAAAGACCGCAAGUUCGAGCUAAUAAAUCUUUCAGAAAGCACACUGUACUCCUCCUGAGUGACUCUGAAAAGCUUUUCAAUUUACAAAAAUAACAUAUCAGUUUCUGUACCCACCUGGCCACGUUAAUUCAAGUACGGUUUGCGUUCCAAGGGUAGAACGUUUGUUUGUUUUUUUGUUUGUUUGUGUGCGGGUGAGUGAGUGAGUGUGUGUGUGUGUGUGUGUGUUCUUUUUUUAGUGUUUGGUGCCUCUUCACUGUUUUAAGCGCCUCAUGUCAAACUGUCAUGCAUCCAGUGGAGAAGUUGAAACCCAUUUUGUGAAUAUUAGCCUCAGUGUGACACAAUAAACAUCCCCCUGUCCUUCCACCAUCAUUCCAGCUGUCCAGACAGAAAGGAAGGAACGUCAUCAUGUAGCCAAAAUGUUUGCACCGGACAUACCACACACAAGUCUGUCAGCCUGAAAACUGAGACACUGCUCCAUCAUCAUCACUAUCAUCACUAUGCACAGUGUGGUGUGUUUCUUUUUAAAACCUAUUGCAUGCUACAUUAAAAUGACUGGUGCUGAAUCUUUCACUUGAUGGCCUGAUGAUUUUGCAGUGUCACUUCCACUGGGAAGCACAACUAGGUGUUUCAUUUGGUUUUUAGCAACUGUGUCUGCUCCGAAGUAAAGGCAGGACCUAUAUCAGUACGUCACUGAUGUAAGCAAGUUCAAACAGGCAGAUUAGGAGUGAAUAUGAUCAUGAACAAGAGCCAUAAAUUUAAUGUUGUGCAGCAGAUAAAUACUUAAGAAAGGCCACUUUCAUUUUGUAAUCAACAUUGUACAUUUAUAUAAAAGGUAUUGUACACAAAAUUAAUUAAUAUACAGAGUGAGUCCUCGUGUCCUCCCCACUGUCCUUCCUUCCCUUCCUUGACUCUGACACCUUUCCUGCUAUAGACUAAACCACUGACCCUAUAAAAUACCUGUGUAAAUUAAAGUCUCUUGUUUGGUAUUUGAAUAUGAUUUGUUUGUUCGUUUGUUCGUUUUUUAAUUGGGUGAACAACAGGUGUUUCUCUGUAACCCAUAUUACAAUAAAAUGGAUUUUGUUUUUAAAAAAAAA